AUGUCUGCUCUUUCCAAGCUCUCGCUCUUCGUCCUUCCCGCGGUCGUCCUUGCCGGCGUCCACCCCGGCCCCAAGGGCGGCAGCUGGGUCAACGUCCACGACGUCGUCUAUGACCGCUUCGGUGCCGACGGCGUUGAGCCCUGCACCUACGAGGUCACCAAGACCUGCGACAAGCCUUGGUGCGGUGGUCUCCCCACCGACGGCCCUGCUCCCGGCUUCACCGUCACCACUGCCGUCUGCAAGACCUGCGGUCCCCAUCCCAUCACCGCUACUUUGACCACUCCCUGCGAGGAGGAGACCGGUGCUCCCCGCCCCAAGCCCGGCGGUGGCAACGGUGGCAACGGUGGCAACGGCGGCAACGGAGGUAACGGCGGCAACGGUGGUGGCUCCAACGGCGGCGGUCCCCACGGUGGCGGUCCUCAUGGCGGUCCCCACGGCGGCGGCAACGGUGGCGGCAACGGUGGCGGCAACGGUGGAAAUGGUGGCAACGGCGGUAACGGCGGCAACGGUGGCUCCGGCUCCGGUGGUGGCAAUGGUGGCAACGGUGGUAACGGCGGCAAUGGCGGAAACGGUGGCUCCGGCAACGGUGGUGGCUCCGGCGGCAACGGUGGAAACGGCGGCAACGGAGGUAACGGUGGCUCUGGCUCCGGUGGUGGCUCCGGUGGCAAUGGCGGCAACGGAGGCAACGGAGGCAACGGUGGAUCUGGCUCUGGCUCUGGAUCCGGCGGUAACGGAGGCAACGGCGGCAAUGGAGGCAACGGUGGCAACGGUGGUGGCAAUGGUCAGCCCGGCCAGCCUGGUACUCCCGGCCAGCCCGGUCAGCCUGGUCAACCUGGUCAGCCCGGCCAGCCUGGACAGCCCGGUGGUGGUCAGCCUGGUGAGCCCGGCCAGCCUGGCCAGCCUGGUACUCCCGGUGGUGGCAGCGGCGGCUCUGGUUCUGGCUCCGGUUCCGGUUCCGGUUCCGGCUCUGGUGGCAACGGUGGCCCUGUCCAGGUUGCCGGCAGCCCCAAGCUCAUCGCCAUCGGUGCCAGCAUCUUCGUGGUUGCGCUCUCCACCCUCAUGGCUCUCCCUUUGAUGUAA